CCCCAAACAAACUCAAAGUGUGGCGCAAACUCAGCUGGUGAUUCUCCAAACGACUUGGCCUAAACAUCGUCAACACCAACUGCUUCAUCGGCGGUAAUUGCACCGGCGCUCCAAGUCAAGUCGCCUCUUGACACACCAAAACGGCACACGAGAAUGUUCUAGUCUGUUUCUCUCGCCUCCCCGCCCUCUUGUCACCUGGCAGAUCCAUCACCCAACAUGUCGUCAUCUUCAGCCUCAAAGAAGGUCAAGUUUGUAGCCUCGGACCCCAGCCGUGGUGGCUUGCCUGUCAAACGCAAGCAAGUUCAACAAGCUUGCGAAGCUUGCCGCAGAAAAAAGCGACGAUGUAUUCAUGCCGAUGAUGCUGUCGAUGAGACGGAUGACACACAUGGAAGUGAAGCAUCCAUGUCUCACUCACCACCAAACAGGCCCAUGAAGUCGGCAAUGCGCCGCUCUGCUUCCGCAGAACCAGAGGCAGAGGUCGACUACACUGGCCGUCGCAUUGGCACCAACAUUCCCAAAACAGAGCCCUCACGCUUCGUCGGUGACCUGAAUCCAGAGGGUAUGUUUAUCGAGGCUACCGCACCAGCCACUGCUCGAGAAGCCGCACAGAACGGAGAGGUUGGCGUCUGGCUCCCGUCGUCUGCAUUUGGCGGUAGUGGCGGUGCAUCGUCACAGUUCAUCACGGCUCGUCCACCCGCAAUUAUGGACCAAUUCUUAUUGCCCUUUGUUCAGGAGCAUUGCUUGACUUGUCUCCCUCCGGAUGAGGACUACUUCAAAUUGAGGGCCGUCUUUGUUCAGAAGAUUCAUCCCAUCUUCCCGGUUGUGCCAGUGUCUCACCUGAAUAACCCUCCCGAUUCUCCCACGGAAAUCCUCCUUAGACAGCUUGUAUGUCUGGCGGCUGCUAGCGAUCCCGAUAUGCUUGGACACUUGCGGCUGAAGAACCAGAACAACAAACGUCUCGCACCACAGGACUUUGCACACGCACUGUCCGCCUCUAUCCGCGCAAUCCUUGAGACGAGUAUGAUUCCAGACAGAGUCAUGCAUAUCCGCGCCUUGACAAUUCUCUCACUAUAUACACAGCCCACUUGCGCCGAGGAAGCUGACUUGCCUGCGCAGCUUGGAGGCCGUGCGAUUCACCAUAUCCAAACCUUGGGCCUACAUUUGCUCCGCUACGAUGCGCCGAAUUGUGAUGAUUUGAAUAACCUGUUUUGUGCAGUGUGGGCUAUUGACCGCAUCAAUGCGGCUGUCUACGGCCGCCCAUGUCUUAUUCACGAACGUGAUGUUGGCGCCAACUUUGACCGAGUAUUGCGUAGACGACCGCCCUGUUUCCGACUGCUCCUCAACAUUGUACAGUGGCUGGAUCAAGUUAUCGAACUGUACCGACCAGGACCCAGCGCCGAUGCGCACGGCUACCAGAAAGUCGCCUAUAUUGACCUUCCAGUGCUAGAAGCGAUGAUUGUGGAUGCCGAUGCUCUCAAAGUACCAUCAUCUCUCAUUGCUACUGUCGAAACCCUUUACCACGCCGUCAUAAUACUAUCCUGCCGCUUACCACGACCAGGCACUGUACCGGCAGCAUCAACCAUCCCGCCACCCUCAGCCAAUGCUCGUCGUUCUCUUGCGGCAGAACGCAUAGCCUGCGCCGUCCCCAGAGACUGCCUCAGUCCUGUUCCUUUUGUUCCGUAUGCGAUAUCGCUCGCCUUGAGCGUAGAGUAUCGCAAGAUGCGUCAUAGCCGAUUCCCCAUGUUCCGAGCGCGGGCCAUGACUGCCUUCCGUCGCAAUUGUGAGCUGCUUCGCCCCUACAGAAACCACUUUUGGAGCGCCAAUGUUGUGACGAGCCUCGGUGAACGUGUGCUCAAGGAGAUGGAGCGAGCUGCCAACACCCUUAACAAGGACAAUACACCACCAGUUUCUCUCCCAGAGUCAAAGGCGACGUCUACAACAAGCCAAGAACGAGUGGAGGUCUUGACUGAUUUCCAGCCAAACGGACAACAAACCGCCAUGGACACGGUUAUCGACUCUGCCAUUGGAUUUGAUAAUGCUGUUGACUUUUCGCUCGUGGAUCCCGUAUCUGGGCAGGACGUCUUUGGCCACAUUGAUCCCAACUUCAAUCUAGACGCGGUGGAGGAUGCUCUUGAAGCGAACCUCGAUAUCGCUCUGCCGUUUACCUGGGGCGAAUGGGGGCACUACGCAACCUGAGCGUGCUUUGGAUUACGGCUCAUACUUCGGAAUUGAAGCGCAGUCAAAACCAAUUUCUAUUCAUUCUCAUUCUAUAGGCAUUUAUGUUUUGUUCUCUAGUAUGUGGACAAGUUGAGUCUGUAUAGACCCAGGGAGUCUUGCAUCGAUUACUCCGCAUAGCGAAUGGUACGACGACGCUCCCUUUCCUUCUCACGAUCGAUGGUAUCCAUUCUCUCCAAGGUUUCGAGCUGGAACUGCACGGUACCUGGAGGCUCACCGUUUCUGGGAAGCGUGUAGCUCUGAAAGUUGGGGCGACUGAAGCGGUUGUAGGCGAUGUAGGUAUCAACAUCACCAGCCACAGCGUUUGCGGGCAGAGCGGCGCUAACCGAGCGUCUCCGCAUCUCAACUGAAUCAUCCUUGAUGGGCUUGACGCCCAUGUAGUUAUAAAUCAUAUUCAAAGCCGGGAUGGAGAGACCGUGUACAAAGAUGGAGAACAAGACGAGCCAGUAUACGACCGGAAUCAUGGCCUUGACCAGGUUUGUCUCCUCUUCAUCACCCUUUCCAAGUUCAGGGAACAAGUGUCGAGCAUGUUCCACAUAGAAGACAGCACCAGCUCCGAUGGGACCAAAGUAGCCCAUGAAGAGCGCUUCUUUAUAGUUGGUGCAGACAGCUGGCAUGAUCUUGUAUAAAGCGAGGAUGGAUGGGAUUCGGCGGAAAAUGAGGACCAAGAAGCCCAGGAGGAAGAGUCUUGGGUAUGUUAGGCCGGUUCCGUCGGGAUCGUUGAACUUGGACCAAGGCAUGAUGGUGCCGAUGAGCAUAAAUCCGCCAAAGUUGAGCAGCACAUCAAACGUGUUGUUGACCUCGUCGUGUCGGCGCUCAGUUUCAGCGAGAUAUUCACCGUCCCAGUUGAGGGCGUUUCCGGCAACGAAACAGGCGAGCAAAUCAUCGGUUCCAAGGGCACCGCAAGUACCGACGAUGAACAUACCGAUCGCAGCUGGAAAUAGGACGUAGGACUCGCUGUCGAUCCAUUUCCUAGAGAGUCACGUUAGCGAACAAGACAAGCUUUUAUGCUGUGCUACAGCGCUCAAAAUUGAACAUACUUGCGCAGAGCAAACCUGAUGCUUUUGCAAGCCGCAAAUCCUACGACUGCACCAUAUACAAUCGAUAAGACAACGAUGUAUAGCCAGGUUUCAACAAACCAGUUCUUGAGGGCCUCGCCGGGACCGCCACCCAAUCGACCGACAAGUUCGCCGUGAGCGGCGCCACCAGCUUCCUCUUCUGCUCUUGUCUUUAGUCCCGUGAGAUCGGCGUGACGGAUAAGGUAGACGGCAAGCAUGAGGAACGGGAAGCCGAAGCCGUCGUUGGCUCCCGCUUCUGAAGAAAUGAUUUCUCGAAGCGGACGGGCGACAAACUUAUCAGCAAAUGGGCCUUUGGCGAUCGCCUGGGACAAGAUGGGAUCGGUGCAAGUAACACAUGACCCAAUAACGAGGGCAGCCAGAAAAGUUAGUUUUGGCACGCUGGCAAUGACACAAACUGUGGUACACAGCCACAUGAUGGUCAUGACGGGAAGCAAGCAUAUGGUCAGCUCCUUGAUGCGAGUCCAGUUGUACUUUGCUGGAAGUUGGUAUCCAACAAUAACCAGCUGAAGACCAAUCAUAACACGCAUGACUCCCUAAGAUGAGUUAGCCCAAUGUCAACACACACCCCUCAAAUGCAAUCCUUACGAGAGUGAUUGCACCGGUUUGAUCCUUGGCUGCAGAACCCCAUCGCUCGCUAUCCAGGAACUUGGCCGCGAUUGGACCCAGGAGAAUACCUAGUGUAACGGCAGGUACUUUACCCAGUUAGUUAGUAGAUUCGACUGAUUUUUGGUAGUGACAAAUACAUACUAGCUUCUCCGAGAUACCAUACUUGCUUGAUCUUGACAGAUAUGAUGCCAUAAAAGAUGAUGAACGCGCCCAAAAUGCUCAGCACAAUGUUGAGCUCGCUAACGUCUAGGACAGGCAUGUUGAAUAUGCAAAACAAGAGGAGAAAAGCUGGACAGAAAUAAAACAAAAGGAGAACAGGCUAAUCGCAGGGCCAAUCUUGUCCAGCAAGAUGACAAAAAAAGAAGGCAAGAAACAAGAAACAAACAAUGAGAUGUGUAGUUUGUCGAGGAGAGGGAGAGAGAAGGCAAGCGAUUGUAUAUAGAUGCUUGGAGAGUUCCACUGAUGCUCAACCUCCGCGUUGAGAACCCAGUGAUGAUCUCUUCGUAUAUCUUGAGCACUCAAUGCCGCAGGUCGACAGUGUUUGAAAAGCAAGUUUCUCAAUUUGCUAGGGGCCGGAUAAGACCGCUCUCUGUGGUGCGCUGGGGUAACCAGGGCUGUGUGAAGGACGAACGUGGCGUUGAUGUUGGACGGUGAAACGGUGAGAGGAUUCAGUUUCGGAAAGAGGACUGUAGCGACAAGAAUGGCCUAGAACAGCAUGCACCUGAUGUCGAACGGUCGAAGAUGUCCUUUAU